AUGUCCCGUCCUUGGUUGCAACGUAAGCGCAAAGCGGAGCUGAUUGAGCUCGCGCAACUGGCCAGAAUCCCAAACGCCGACGGCUACCUCAAAGACGAUCUGGUCACCGUGCUCGAGGAACGCCUCGACCACAACGAGAGCAAGUUUGGCAGAAUCGCCGAGUUGAGUGAUUACUACAGCAAGACUCGCAUUGGAUCGCCAGUGAAACGCGAGUUGCGCUCAUCGCCUUCGGAAAGCCUUGCUGCCGCGAAAACGCGUCGCAGGACGCUCGUGAAGACGCCUGAACCCACCCCCGUGGAAACGGUGCAUGCAGUGAAAGCAGCUGCACCACUACCACCAGCAGUAACACGUACUCCACUCAAUUUCCCCCCACCCCCCCUCGACCUCCCCACACCACAAAUCGACUUCCCCGCCUCCCCCGCCGACCUCGCCUCAGUAGCCGACCAAACCUUCCGCGCCGCCUCCACAAAAGCCACCGAACUCUGGUCACGAACCCGCAUCGACCAAGCCAAAGAGCUGAUCCGCGAAUCCGCCUCCUCAGUCUCCUCAAUCCAAACCCUGAUCCUCCUCAUCGAAGCAAUCGGCCUACAAUACAACACCCUGCAAGUCUUCAACCUCGCACCCACACCAGACACCCUCCUCAGCGUGCCCGACGGCUGGCGCCUCCUCACAAGCGACUGGUGGGCCCCCGCCACCCUGUGGUCCCUAACGAGCUGGAUCCUGCCCCUCAUCGCGAGCUACUUCUUCAACCUGACGCUGCGCGCCAACACGAUGCGCCGGUCGGCUGAGCGCGAGUACCCCGCCGACCCGCUGACGUUCAAUAUCGUCAAGGCGGUUUUGGCGUAUAGCGCGUACUACCGACCGCUUGUGGAGAUGGCGGUGGGUGGUCAUACGGCGUUUGUGAGGGCGGAGGGGGCGCGAUGGGGCCCGUUUUCGAGCGAGACGGUGGGGGUUGUGCGCGGGAAUGUUCCGGGGGGGCAUGCGGGGCUGCAGAUUGGUGCUGUUGUGGGGAUUUUGGUUAGUUUGUAUGAUGCUGCGUUGAAGAAGUGA